AUGUUAACAGUUGCUGGCAAUGCACGAGAAAAAAAAGCAAACAUACAAAACAGCCGUCCUCCAAUGUCGGAUGAAUACUGGAAAUUGGCAAAAGUGAAUGUCAUGGUGCGAUCCUCUUUCGACUAUUAUUUCCAGAUGACUGUAACUUAUUACCUUACAAAACGACAAAGUCAAUAUGAGAAAGCCAUGUCACAUUGA